CGGCGCUUUUUGGGUCGGGGCGGCGACGGGGGCCCGGGCCGAGGCAAUAAGAGCGGCAGCGGCGGCAGCGGCGGCAGCAGCUCCCGCAGCUCCUGCUCUGGUCCGCCUCGGCCCGGCGGCCAUCAGUCCCCUCGGCUUCGGCUCGAGGGGCGGGGAGCUGCGCGCGCCCCUCGGUCCGACCGCCACCGGCCUCCCCUCCGCGCCCCGCGGUCCCCAGUCCUCCCCGCGCCCGGCCCGCCCGCCCGGCGCUGCCCCGGCCCUCCCGGCCCGCUUGAGGCCGCCCGCGCCCGCCGCAGCCGCCCGGCCGCGCCCCGCCGCCGCCAUGGGCUGUCUCGGAAACAGUAAGACCGAGGACCAGCGCAACGAGGAGAAGGCGCAGCGCGAGGCCAACAAAAAGAUCGAGAAACAGCUGCAGAAGGACAAGCAGGUCUACCGGGCCACGCACCGCCUGCUGCUGCUGGGUGCUGGAGAAUCUGGUAAAAGCACGAUUGUGAAGCAAAUGAGGAUCCUGCAUGUUAAUGGGUUUAAUGGAGAGGGCGGCGAAGAGGACGCACAGGCUGCAAGGAGCAACAGCGAAGGUGAUAAGGCAGUCAAAGUGCAGGACAUCAAAAACAACCUGAAGGAGGCCAUUGAAACCAUUGUGGCCGCCAUGAGCAACCUGGUGCCACCUGUGGAGCUGGCCAACCCCGAGAACCAGUUCAGAGUGGACUACAUUCUGAGUGUGAUGAACAAGCCGGACUUUGACUUUCCUCCUGAAUUCUACGAGCAUGCCAAGGUUCUGUGGCAGGAUGAAGGAGUGCGCGCCUGCUAUGAGCGCUCCAACGAGUACCAGCUGAUCGACUGUGCCCAGUACUUCCUGGACAAGAUUGAUAUCAUCAAGCAGGAUGACUAUGUGCCAACUGACCAGGACCUGCUUCGCUGCCGUGUCCUGACUUCUGGAAUCUUUGAGACCAAGUUCCAGGUGGACAAAGUCAACUUCCACAUGUUUGACGUGGGUGGCCAGCGCGACGAACGCCGCAAAUGGAUCCAGUGCUUCAACGAUGUGACUGCAAUCAUUUUCGUGGUAGCCAGCAGCAGCUACAACAUGGUCAUUCGAGAGGACAACCAGACCAACCGCCUGCAGGAGGCUCUGAACCUCUUCAAGAGCAUCUGGAACAACAGAUGGCUGCGCACGAUCUCUGUGAUUCUGUUCCUCAACAAGCAAGAUCUGCUCGCUGAGAAAGUCCUUGCUGGGAAAUCGAAGAUUGAGGACUACUUUCCAGAGUUCGCGCGCUACACUACUCCUGAGGAUGCUACUCCUGAGCCUGGAGAGGACCCACGCGUGACCCGGGCCAAGUACUUCAUUCGUGAUGAGUUUCUGAGAAUCAGCACUGCCAGCGGGGACGGGCGCCACUACUGCUACCCUCACUUUACCUGCGCCGUGGACACCGAAAACAUCCGCCGUGUCUUCAACGAUUGCCGCGACAUCAUCCAGCGCAUGCAUCUUCGUCAGUAUGAGCUGCUCUAAAAAGGGAACAUCCAAAUUUAAUUAAAGCCUUAAGCACAAUUAAUGAAAAUUAAAACGUAAUUGUACAAGCAGUUAAUCACCCACCAUAGGGCAUGAUUAACAAAGCAACCUUUCCUUUCCCCACUGAUUGUUCAAAACCCCAUUUUCCUUCAAAAACCCCCAUUUUCCUUCAAAAACCCCCAUUUUCCUUCAAAACCCCCCAUUUUCCUUCAGCUUGCUUAGAUGUUUCCAAAUUUAGAAAGCUUAAGGCGGCCUACAGAAAAAGAAAAGGCCACAACAGUUCCCUCUCACUUUCAGUAAAAGAUUAAAAUAACAGCAGCAAACAGAAAUAAAUAAAUGAAAUAAAUGAAAUAAAUAAAUAUUGUGUUGUGCAGCAUUAAAAAAA